UCAGUAAACAAUGUUCGUCUAGUCAACCACAUGCCAUAUAUUCUGGAGGUCAUGGAAACAACUAUGAAGGAUGUGGAGGCUUAUGGCUGGUGCAACUUGAAGAUACCGGACUAUGAGGUUGAAAUUGAUGAAAAUAUAUUCGAUUGGACAGUCAAAGGCCGUGUCGCGUUCAAAAAUGGCUUCGUCACGUCGAUUCAGAAGGUGGACUUGAUUCAGAGCACCCUACAGCAAGUGUGGCGGUUUGACAACUCAGACAAUACCACCAGCGUGUUUGUCCAGGCUACGCUAAGGAUGGUAGACGUGAGGUUGGGGUACGACGUCGAAGUAACCCUGGAUGAUGGCAGCAUCCACCAUUUCACGGGGAUCUUUAGACACAACAUCGUCCAGUAUCCCUUUGCGGUGGUGUACAACAUGUUCACUGAAGAAUUGACCGCGACGGUGACUAUGACCACUCUGGCAAGAAGCACAAAUAAGAUGAUUUUCGCUCCUGCUACGGCUCUUACACAAGUGUUGACACACUCGUAUGACGUGACAAGCGCCGCUACUGGCAUGGCGGCCUGGGCUUCAGAUGUUUUCCAACCUAUCCUACUCAACGCGGCUACCUACAAGGUCAAAUUUCCUCAGAUCUGCUACAACUGCAACGCUUAACCUUUUGAAUAUUUAUUUAUUUUGACGUGCACAAAUAUCACGUGCGAGCGAGCUUCUUGAAAAUGUCAAAAUUACUUUGACAGCGUGCGCACUGCGCAACAAGACCUUUUAUAAACGGAAAUAGAUACUAUACACUAGAGAUAAAGAAAUCAAGCCCACUGGUGGCGAUGCCGGGAAUCGAACCCGGGUCUCCAGCUAUCGCGGCUGACGUGCUAAACCGCUACAUCACCCCGACCGUCGAGGUCCGUCGAAAUGUCUCUAGUCUAUGUUAUCUCUGAAGGCUAGGCGUCUUUGACCAACUCUAAGGGCGAGCAAUUUGUGCUUGCUCCUCCUAUAUGAAUCCUAUUGCAGGAUUACGAUAUACCCACAGGGAUGGAGCAGUCUUCUAUCGAUGUAGGGAACAAAUCAAAUUAUUUAAUUAAAAUAUUACCUUCGACCUUUUAUGGUGUGCCUGUCGCGGUGGGCACGACUUGUAACAACACUUUGUUGUUGGCAUUCAAAAGGUUAAUCAUUCACUUAUUCCAUCAAUUCCAUGACUAUUAGCUUUUUCUCGCGGCUUCGCUUGUGUUAGAAAAAGACAAAAAGUAGCCUAUGUCACUCUCCAUAGUUGAAGAACUAUCUCUACUUAAAAAUCACGUCAAGUCGUCACUCCGUUUUGCCGUGAAAGACGGACAAACAAACAGACACACACACUUUCCCAUUUAUAAUAUUAGUAUGGAUUAUUUAUAGUUUUCGAGUUAAUAAGAAAUCUACUUCAUCAUCAUCACCUAUCAGUCAGUCUUCGGACAAGAUCAGUUCCCCAACAGCAUUUAGGAACCAAUAAUAGAUUUCCAAUUGCCCAUAGCUUGAGUAAACCACUGGCUAUUGAAACGACAGUAAAAGUUUAUACUGUUCCACUUGGGAUAUAAAAUAUAAUAUUAAAGAAAUAUAAAAUAUAAAUAAUAAAAUAUUCCGAAGCCCGGCUUUGAAUGACUUCGGGUGGAGGUCUCAUAAAACGCAAUGAAGCAAAAGGAGUUUGUAAGUUGUUUAAAGUUGUAAAAUUGUAUGUUUGUCUUGUUUUAUGUAUAAAUUAUUUUGAAGUA